AUCAAGCGUACAUUGUCGCACUGCUCCUCACGAUACAACCAUUCUCUGUGGUACUUCUGUGCUCAGGCUGGCUAUCUGCGCGCUACCUCUUGGUUAGCCUCCGUAGGCCAUCGUCGGUCUCUGCAGCUUUGUGAAACGGACAUUAUUUUAGUCACAUCGCGUUGUUUAUAGUGUCAAAUUUCCUCUGACUGGAGCAUUAAUUUAUACAGUUCUUAUUAUGUUUAACGAUGCUUACCCCAUCGAUGUGGCCCAUUAUGGCGCUAAAGCUAUGCGAGUCGAACACUGGUCUAUACUCAUCGUCACAAAGAGUAGCCAAAACGUUUUCACCAGGAAAGAGACUGCACAAGCCCACGCCCAUCAGAUUUCGGGUUCCACAACCGACUACUAUAUAAAAACUCCACAGGACGUAUCUGACGUUCUCAAGUCCACAGCGUACCUAGGCAUGGUGAAAGUGGGGUCGAUCCCCAAGGACCAUCUAGAGAACGCCCAGAGAGUCGUCCAGGAUACGCCUGUCAUCCUCAAUAACACCAGCUGGGACUGUCGCUACUGGGUCAUUUCAGCCUUACAGUGUCUCCAGAACGAAGGGUACAACACAUUUUCAUGAAGAUUGGUGGGGGAAUAGCUAUUUUUCCUGCUCUCGAAUUUUGGUUCGCAAGGAAUAUAUCUAUCUCUUCGAGCGGCUGCAGGGCUGUAGUCAUAUUAGAGGGAUUAUACUCGGGGUAUUGUUCUGGAUGGGUAUUCAGGCAUUAGAAUGUCCAUGUUCCU